UGCACGUGCGUAUUUGAAGUGUGACACCUCCUAAAGUGAAGAGAUAUUCAUCAAAGAUUGAGUUCAAAGACACUCUUAGUGUAGAAGAAGUGAUAUUGAUUGAACCACGCCCACUCAUGGAUCAAGAUGAUGACCACGCCUCCUUUCCUUCUGAAUGGACUCUACCUGACCUGCCCAAGGGACCUGGACCUCCGCUACUAUCAACACAAUUUGAAGACAUUUUCUGUGGAGGGGACGUUGGUACGGUACCUCUCAUUGGACUGGCUGAUGAUGAGGACAUUAACAAGACACUGGUACAAGAGGGAAACAAUGGAUCAGCUGAUCCUGGUACCACUGGAACCGAGCUGAUAUCAAGUAUUGAAGAGACGUUGGAAAUGACACCACCUCCAGGAGGAUUUGACUCUGUACAAGAUAAUAACAACCAAGUUCUUGUUAGUGAUAAAGCAGAUAGUAGUACAGUAAUGAAGGAAGAUGGGGAGAGUGUUACUCCUUUACCAGCUCCUGAUGAACUGGUAAGUACUACCAGCGAGAGGAAGGAGGAGGAGGAGGAGGGGGAGGGUGUGUCUGAGGAGGUGACCACUUUCAGACGCUCCAAGAGACUGAGGUCAAGAACCAGCGAACAAAAUGAAGUACCUUUACCAGCUAAGAAACCAAAGAAUACCUCAAGCAUACCUCAAGAACCUUCUGGAACCACUGACGGACGUAAGAGGACGGUAAAAGUUAAAGAGGAGCAAAGUCAGCAAACUGAUGAACAGUGCGAAUCCAAUAAUAAUGAAGAAGACACACCUUCUGAUAAUAAUAAUAAUGAUGAUGAAGGAGUUGGUUCAUCAUCUUCAUCAUCAGAAGAGGAAGAGGAAGAGGACAGUGAUGAUCCUGACAAGGUUUGGUGUAUCUGUAAACAGCCUCAUAAUGACAGGUUCAUGAUUUGUUGUGAUCGUUGUGGUGAGUGGUACCACGGUGACUGCGUUGGUAUCAGUGUGGCCGAGGGGAAGAGGAUGGAAAGGAACGGGCAGGACUACCUCUGUAUCAACUGUAACGAUAAUGAAGUUGCUUCAAAGGCUGAGAAAGCAAAGAGCAGAAGCAUGAGGUUAUCAAGAAGAGAAGAGCUAAGGACCAAACAGAUCAACCAGCUGUUAGAAAAGAGAGGACAGGCAGCAUCAUCAGGUAACGUAAAGAGCUCUCAACCAGUCAAACCAGUUAAACAGGAAAAAUGUACUUGUGGUGGUCCAGGGUGUGACAGAUCAGCCAUUACCAGUAACAUCUACUGCAGUGAAGGAUGCAUUAAGAAACAUAUUGAGUUCAGUUUAAAGAAGCUCUCCAUCCUCGGCCUGUCCCACGGAACUGGGUCUGAACUGGGCAAAGGAUCAGGUGGUGUUACUGUAGUGGAUACAAGGAGCAAGAAGAUACUGACUGGUCUGGCAGCCCCUAGUGAGAAGUCCCUCCUACCCUGGAUCAAGAACCACCCCACGUAUAAAGUAUAUGUACCAUCGACUAAAGUCCUUCCUGGUUCUAAAAAGGUUCCUUCCUCUCGUAAGUCUCAGGACGAGGACAGGAAAGAUGAUGAAUCCGCUGGUAGCAAGUUUAACACUGAAUCAGUUCGGAGCCACGCCCAAAAGGCUCUGAAACAGGUGCUGCAUACAAGGUCUCAGUUGGUACCAGAAGAAGAGAGACCAAGUGAUGAAGUGAUUCUUAAGUUAUCUAAGGACAUUGAACUGAAGCUAUACAACCUACACAACCAGGAAACGAAUCAAAAAUAUCGUGUCAAGUGCAGGAGCCUUUUAUUCAAUUUGAAGGACACAAAAAAUGAAGGUUUAUUUAAGAAGAUAUUGUGUGGUGAGCUCUCCACUAAGCAGCUGGUGAGGAUGAGUCCUGAGCAGUUGGCAUCGAGAGAACUGGCGGAGUGGAGAGAGAAGACAAUAAAGAAAGAACUGGAAAUGAUACAGGAAGUGGCCAAGGAAGAACUCCAAAUGAGUUCUGUGGUUCGUAAGAUGACCUACAAAGGAGAGGUUGAGAUUGAGAGGGAUAAUACGGUUCCUGUACUUGAUGUAAAGUCUCAUGAUGAAGUAUCUUCAACCACCAACGAACCAACUGGACCAGCUGGAACUAAGAAUGAGCCUAUUUACACACCACCUGCCGAUUCUCUAAUGUUCUCGUUACUGAAUGACACCACGUCUAAGCACGGUACUCAUGUAUUUGAUCAAAACUGUUCCAUUUGCACUGGGAAUGAACCAACUCAGUCUGUCAAAGAGGAAGAGGCUACUAAUGAUGAUGAUGAUUCAGUGAUCAAGAGUCCUGAUUCAAGGGAAGGUAUUGAUCAUAUAGUCACUUCUCCUGACUCACUGAGCAGACCAGCUGCUCCUCUCUCCUCCCUCCCUCCCCCUCUAUGGUCUGGUAAUAUCAGCAUGCAUGCCAUGCCUACCUUUUCAGCAGUUGCUUAUCAUGUCUCAGGAAGGGCCCAGGGACUCCAUGAGAUAUUUCCCCAGACUAUACAGAUAGUAGGAAGAAUAGCUCAUGCUCAGGUAUGGGACUAUAUUGACAAACUGAAGUGUUCAACAACAAAGGAGAUUGUCAUCCUAAGGUUUGAGAGGAUAGAGUAUGAGGAAAGGGAAUUCAUUGAAAUGAUGGAGUACCUCAUUCAUAAACACAGAUACGGUGUGAUGCAGUGCAGUGCUUUUGUUAAGGAUAUGUAUAUCAUUCCACUGUUGAGUAAUGAGCCAAUACCACCCCAAAUAAUGCCCUUUGAUGGACCAGGACUCCCUCCUACCAGACAGGACAUGUUCUUGUGUGUUAUAACUCGAAUUAAAAAUGUCGUCAUACCAACAACUGCCUCUCCACCAAAGAGGAGGCCUUCAUCACAUGUACAUGUACCAGAACCACAGGACGUACAUGUAACAGCCACUGGAACAGAGCGGAAACACAAGGUUGAAAUUGGAGUUGAUGGAGCCACACCUCCUGACACACCUACUGUACCAAUAAAAGUUUCCUUUUAUGGCGAGUCAAAGGAUUUUGACAAUAAACAGCAAGAAGAAGCUACUGCUGAAACCAAGCCAGUUCCUUCAGCUGGUACCAGUAGCGGCGGGAGCAUCAGCCAGUCUGGAAUACAGUCAAUCCUAUCAACACUGAGUGAUGAGAAACUACAGGAACUAGCAUCAGCAAUGUCUACAAUACAGCCGUCACAAGAGGGUGUGUCCUCACCAGGUCAGGCCCCGCCCACUGGCAGUGAGAGUGAGAGUAACGUGAAGCCAGUGAUUGGUCAGAGAGAAUCCAAACCAUCUCUUGAUGAACGACUGUUAGCAAUACAAACUAACAUUAACACUAAUGUAGUGACCACACCUACUGACCAGACUCAUUCUAAUAAAGGACCUGAACUUACUAAAGGGAUUGAAGGAGAGAGGUUAAGGGAAGUGGGUGGGGCAGGGUACCAGGGUGGGGGCGUGGCUACAAGCAGUGACCGAGGUGCCUAUUCUGCUGUACGGAGUACUAGUGGACACUAUUCAUAUACCAGUUACCAUGACAACGUCCCUCCUGAUCAACAGUACCCCCAUGAGUACUCAAGGGACUCUUACAAUGAAGGACCACCUCACAAUAGACCAUACCAUGGAGACCCACCUCACAACAGACCAUACCAUGGGGACACACCUCAUAACAGAGGACCUUAUGGAGGUAGAGAACCUUAUCAUGGAGGCAGAGGACCUUAUCAUGGUGGACAGUAUGAGGAGUAUUAUAAUGGACCUGAGGAUCAGCAACACUACUGGGAUUAUAGAGGAGACAGAUCCAAUAGAAGAUAUUCUCAUCAUCAUAGAGGAGGAGGAGGAGGAGGUGGACAUUAUGAUAGGAGGAAUAGUGAGGGAUCAUCUUAUCAUCAGAGGACCAAUAGGUGGAACAAUAACUGAAAUACAAUAACUAAUGAAUAUCAUUGUGUCAUUGUUUUUUUAUUUUUAAUAUUAUGAAUACAAUUCUCCUGUUUUGAGUGUUAAGCACUGACGGUA